GGGAAACCUCUGUAGCUUAGACGCAAUAGGCUAAACGAGCAGAAGCUAACGAGGAAAUGAGUGAAACAAACGCAGAAUCAGGAAGCAAAAGAACAGAGAGAUUGAAACGCGGAAGAUCACGUUUGUCCAAGUGAAGUGUGUCACAGGGCUUCCCCACUGUGUCUGCAGUGCGCGUCAAGACAAACAUGACCAACUGGACCGGCUCAAAUCUUUGCUCUAUCACUGUGACGGACUUUUAAAAUCCGAUGAUUAAUGCACGGCGACUUGGUAAACGGAACAUGGAGCGAUCAAUCGCGGUGUAAAAAAAUCGCAGCACUCUGGAUCAGUGCACGUACAUUUUCCUCUUAAAAUUAUUCCAUAAUCGAUGCCAAAAGAGAGGCGGAGGUCUCGGAAGGAGGCGUUGACCUGAAGCUCCACUCUCCCCCCAGCAGCGGAAAAGCGCGCCAGGGCCACUGCUCGUCCACGACGGUCUGUGAUGAGCGGCUGCCGAUGGCGAGCGCGCGCCAGGUGCCGCAGGUGACCGUGACGGCGGUGGAAGGCAGCGGCGCGCGGGAGCUCGAGUUCGAGGAGGUGGAGGCGCUGAACGGAGGCGCGCCGCUCCGCCGCAAACUCUCCAACUCGUCCGUGUCGUCCACUGGCUCGUCAGUGGGGUUAGAAGAGUCUGAAGACGACGUUCUGAGCGACAACGAAACGAAGAGCAAAGGGAUCGUUACUUUAGAGCAUGUAGGAGACGGAGGAGAGCAGGUCAAACCCUGGUGGAUGUUGAAGACUGUCGUCCAUUGGCAAGUUGUAGCCUCGCACAGAAAACGGUUGUCAUGGGUACAGUUAGCCGGUCAUAAAGGCAGCUUCAAAGCAGGAGAAGGGGGCACCAUCCUGAAGAAGUACGCCGAGAACGAGAAGCUGUGCUUCGAGAGCUUAAGCGGAGAUGUGUUGGAACAAUUUGUACCAGCGUACCGCGGAACGGUUGAGAGAGAUGGAGAGCUCUUCCUGCAGAUGAGCGACCUGCUGACCAGCUUUGACGGGCCAAAUGUCAUGGACUGCAAGAUGGGAGUGAGAACCUAUCUGGAGGAAGAGCUGGUGCGAGCCAGGGAUAAGCCCAAACUGCGCAGGGAUCUGUAUAACAAAAUGCUGGAGGUGGACAGCGAGGCUCCUACUGCUGAGGAACACAAGCAGCAGGCCGUGACCAAGCUCCGGUACAUGCAGUGGAGGGAGACUAUCAGCACCACCAGCACUCUGGGCUUUCGCAUCGAGGGCAUCAAGAAAGCAGACGGAACAUGCCGGACAGACUUUAAGAAGACUCACUCAAAAGAAGAAGUCACACAGGUCUUCAAGGACUUUGUCAGCGGGAACGGAAAAAUAAUUAACUCCUACAUUAGGAGGCUGGAGGAUAUCAAACAGACCCUGACAGCUUCAGACUUCUUCAUGAGACAUGAGGUGAUUGGGAGCUCGAUGCUGUUUAUCCACGACCACACAGAGCGAGCUGAAGUCUGGCUCAUCGAUUUCGGUAAAACCACAGCUCUCCCAGAGGGUCAGACAUUGGAUCACGAUAAACCCUGGCACGAGGGCAACCGAGAGGACGGAUACUUAUGGGGCCUUGACAACCUGCUGCUCACCCUCCGCUCCCUGCCAGUACAAUGCUCGUACUGAACUUAAACACGAACCCUUUUCAAUCACGCCACGGGGAAAUGCAACAAUCCUUUCAUUUGCAGAAUAAAAUCACUUGUGCCCUUUCGACGCUCUAGCUUCUGAGCUGUGUAUCAGCUAGCUUUUCAAUUCAAUUCAGUGCCUCCUGUCCAUAGCUAAUAAAGUUGGAGAAUUUACAGCAGACACUGACAUCAAUUAGUACCCUGUUUGUAAUCAGCCUCAAUUUAAAUAACCAUACAACCACAGUGAAGACUAUGAUUAUACCAGUAGACUCUUAGUACACAAUCUACCAUUACAGUACAAUAACUGAAAGUUCAUUACCAACAAAUUACCAUCAAAAAGGCGAGCCAGAUUCCUUUGCUUUGAGGUAAGCAUUUAUGGUGUAUUUUAUGACGAUUAGUCAGUGCUAAUGUGUACCAGACUGAUAAGAAACACAGAGCCUAUUAUGCAUGCCCAGCCUAAGCAAGAACAUUAUCACAAGACAUCCACCCACACCACAUCUGGGGGUGGCUCACCAGAUUUAUUUCCCACAUUCAUACACUUGCUUUUCUCUUGAGCCUUAUCUUAAGACCAGUUUUGUGAUCAUGCUUUGUGUUCUCACUUUGAGGUGUUGUGGAAUGACUCACUUGUUUGUGCAGUGCCUGUUAGUGUGUUUAGCGCAAAUGAAGACUCGCCUGUUCAUGCAGUUACUGGUAUAAUGGCAAGUGAAAAUUGGCCUAAUGCAGGUUCUGACUCAUGAGCAAAUUGAACCAACAGUCUUAGGAAUAUGAGGGCACAGCAGGAACCUUAGUCAUCUUUUCCACAGUGAAAUAAUGUGUAAUGCUGAAAAGGCUGCAUAUAAUGAUUAAAUAACAUGUGCUAGUAAAAAAAAAAACA